AUGGAAAGGGAGAUAGACAUGAAAUACAUGCAUGAAUGUAUUCAGCGACACCAACGGAUCUGGAAAUUUGCAACAGAGACAUCGACUACCUCAUUUACCGAAGCUGUGAUAACUGACUUCCUCUUUGGGGAACGGGAUGGCUCAACACUAGAGACUCUGGGAACUUUGGAAGAGUACAAAGUUUUAGAGAAAUGGACUGAUAUGGAAUGGCGAAAAUAUAUUAAAAAAUGGAUUUCUAACGCACAUCAUGUUUCCGUUCUAGCUAUACCUUCCGCCAAAUUGGCUACAGAUGUGAUGGAGGAUGAACACAAGCGUAUCGAGGAGCGAAAAGCCGAGUUGGGAGCAGAGGGGUUAAAGAGGCUCGCAGAGGCUCUGGAGAAGGCAAAGAGGGAUCAUGUUGAGGAACCGUCAACUGAUCUAAUGUCGGGAUUUACCAUUCCUGGUACUGAUUCAAUUCAUUUCAUUCAAACAUCUACAGCAAAGGCAGGUCAUGCUUUGAAGUCCAAACGCACCGAUAAUGAUACCCAGAAAUCAAUAGAUUCAGAUGGACCUGAAUUGCCUUUAUUCAUUCACUUUGAGGGUAUAACUAGUAACUUCGUGCAGUUGAUCCUGAUGAUCUCAACGGAGGAUGUGCCUCAUACUUUGCUGCCUUUACUGCCGUUAUACACUGAAUCCUUCUUUAGCCUGCCCAUCCAAAAGGGGAGUGAAAUUUUAUCAUUUGAACGGGUUAUUGUUGAUCUAGAGAAAGAUACAGUGGGCUACUGGAUGUCUCCAACUUACAACAACCCUGAAUCCCUUUCAAUCUCCCUCCAGGUAGAGGCCAACAGGUAUCAAGCCGCCAUAUCCUGGCUGAAAGAUUUAACAUGGAACUCAAUCUUUGCUGUUGACAGGUUGAGGGCUGUCACAUCCAAGCUACUCGCAGAUAUCCCAGAAGAAAGAAGAGAUGGAGAAGGUAUGGUGGAAGCUAUCGGGAUAAUGACACACCUAGGAGAAAAGUCCAUAUCUAGAGCGUACACGGCGCUCGUGAAAGGUCGAUAUCUAAAACGUGUCCAAAAAGUGUUGGCUACCCAACCAGAUAAAGUUGUCCGACAAAUGGAGAAAGUUCGAAAGUCACUUUUCCGUGUGGAAAACUUCAGAGUGCUUGUUAUUGCCGAUGUUAAAAAACUCACUGGCCCCGUCACGUCGUGGAACACAUUUAUAGCCGGCUUGGACACCUCAAAGGAGCUGAAGCCUGUGGUCAAUGUGGCAGAACGGCUAAGUGAUGCUGGCAGACACCUGGGCAAGCACGCCUAUGUUGUUCCGAUGAGGUCGAUGGAUUCUUCAUAUGCUGAGUCGAGUUCGAAAGGCAUUUGUUCUCAUGAUGACCCAAAAUUACCUGCAUUGAUGGUUGCCAUUGCUUAUCUGAACAUGGAAGAAGGACCAAUGUGGAACGCCCUUCGCGGGCCCGGGCUAGCCUAUUUCUUCUAUUUGCGAACGAAUAUUGAAAGUGGACUUAUACAUUUCAUGAUCCAUCAAUCUCCCAAUGCUUAUAAAGCUUUUGAGGCAGCAAAGACAACUGUCGAGGAUCUUCUCUCUGGUUGUAUGGAAGUUAAAUCAAAGAACGUACUGGAAUGCGCGGUUAGCACAUUGAUUAACCAGUUCGCUACUGAAAAACAGACUUAUUACGAGGCGGCUUUUGACAGUUUUGUCAAAGACACAAUUCUCAGCUUACCGAGUGACUACAAUGAGACUCUGUUGAAGAAGAUUAGAGAUAUUGAUAUGGGACAAGUAAAGGAGGCCAUACAUGAUUUCGUUUUACCCCUGUUUACCGCAGGAAUGACAGAUCUAUUUGUGACCUGUGCCCCAGCCCUCAAAGAGGUGAGGAACAUACUAUUCAAACUGAUUACACCCCCAGUCCACUAA